AUGGAGCAACCUCCUGGGUUUAUUAAUCCCCAGUUUCCCAAUCAUGUUUGCAAAUUAUCCAAAGCCCUUUAUGGUCUAAAGCAGGCUCAUCGUGCUUGGUUCCAACGUCUCAGCACGUUUCUAAUCUCUUAUGGGUUUGUGUGCAGUCGUGCUGACACAUCUUUAUUUGUGCUUCGCAAAGAAUCUUGCAUCAUGUAUCUCUUAGUCUAUGUCGAUGACUUAAUCCUUACGGGCAAUGAUUCUUCGGCUAUCGCUACUUUUAUUGCUCGUCUUCAUGAUGAGUUUGCCAUCAAAGAUCUUGGCGAUUUAAGUUAUUUUUUGGGUCUUGAAGUUUCAUACACUGAUUCAGGUCUCUUUCUUACCCAGGCAAAGUACGCCAAAGAUAUUCUAAUCCGCGCUGAUCUCUAUGAUUCCAAACCGGUCAGUACUCCUCUGGCUCCUCAUGAAUCCUUUACCGCUGACGAUUUAUCAUACUCGGAUCCUACUCUUUAUCGCUCGUUAGUUGGUGCUUUGCAAUAUUUGACAAUUACUCGACCGGAUUUAUCCUAUGCUGUCAAUCAACUUUCUCAAUUUCUUCAUGCUCCCACUGUUGAGCAUUUUCGGGCCGUUAAACGACUUCUUCGGUACGUCAAGGGUACCAUUUCCUUUGGUCUUACUUAUACUAGGCCGACUACAUCUUCUAUUGUAGGCUAUUCGGAUGCGGAUUGGGCUCAUUGUCUUGACACCCGACGAUCUACGUAUGGAUAUUCCAUUUUCCUUGGUGGGAAUCUUGUGUCUUGGAGUGCUAAAAAGCAACCAACGGUUUCUCGGUCCAGCUGCGAGUCCGAAUAUCGGGCCAUGGCCAACACUGCUGCUGAACUUGUAUGGAUAACCCAUCUCUUACGUGAAUUGCAUGCAUUACCCCCUGAUCGGCCCACUCUUCUUUGUGAUAACAAAAGUGCACUCUUCAUGACUCAAAAUCCGGUCUCUCAUAAGCGGGCUAAACACAUUGAUUUGGAUUACCAUUUUAUCCGAGAACUAGUUAACUCUGGCAAAUUAUACACCAAAUUUGUACCAACCAAUCUUCAGGUGGCUGACAUCUUCACCAAAAGUCUUCCGCGUGCUCAGUUUGACACUUUUCGGGCUAUGCUUCGUCUUGGUCCGCCACCAUUUCGAUUGAAGGGGGGUAUUAGAUGA